AUGAAUGUUUUUAAUCCUCGCAUUCUUGAUGCCAGCAUCCGCGAUGUGACUGGAUGUCUAUCCGACACUCAAAAGGCUGAUGUUCUGCUCCACGCUUUGCAGCAUCUGCCGUCCGAAGGGUCCCGAAUUGUCAUGGAAAAUGCUAUUCAGUCGUUUCUCCAAGUCUCGGGCGUUCCACCACCAGAUGUUGCAAGAGCUCUCCUGUUACGUGCCAAAACCCGUUUAGCAGCUGGGUACCGAACUUCUGCACAACAAGAUUUGCUGUCCGUUCUAUCUUCAGAUCCCGCAAAUCAGGACGUUAAAGCCAUAAUACAAUCUGAACAUCUACGACAAGAAAUGCUUAUUAGGGAACCUGAUGGACCGCCUCGGUUUUCUGCGGAAGUCUGGAGAGAGGUUGCUCUCUAUCUUCCCAAACGUGAUCUCAAGUCUCUUUUAUCGAUCCCACAUGUACUCUCUCGUAUCGCAAGUCAGCUUAUUUUCCGCGAGAUCGAUCUACAUUUUACGGCGUCGCCGGAACCCCCAGAGCCGAUGACAGAUGCAGGGGAGCUCGACGCCUGGCACUACCAGCGAAGUGCGGAUAUUCUUACCCGCAUUCUCGUAGAUCCUGUCUUUGCCUCGCAGGUCAGAAGCUUAAGCGUAUAUGCUGUCGUUUCGGACACGUCGCACACGUUGGCGUUUCAGACUGGAAUGUUAAUCAACUCUCUGCCUAAGCUCUGCAACCUUCGCAGUGCGCAUUGUUCGGGCAACAAUGAAUUAAUCAACCGUAUGCUUGAAACGAUGUGUGCCUCAAACCAUCGUCUUUAUAGCUUAUCCAUUAAUCUCGUUAAUCGUCCAGGGGACAUCAACAUCCCACCAUUCAAGCACAUCACACAUUUCUCCGUCACAGCCGAGGGAGGGAAUAGCACGUCUACCCGCGACUUUAUAUCACAGAGUCACGACAGCCUGCGCUCACUGGUCAUCAAGAACGCAAACUGGACAUUUCCAACGGAUGUCAUCUCAAUCCGCCACUUGACCAUCAUCGAGUUCGAAGGUUGUUUUUCCGCAGACAGUCAGGUCUUCUCAGAGAUCUUGUCCACCGGUCACCAGCUGGAGUCACUGACAUUGUCAGGUGUUCUGGAAUGCACUCCAUCAGAGACGUUCCGCCUGUAUAGGUCCUCACUUCCGUUUCUGACGCACUUUGCUCUCAAGAUUGUCAGUCUGCACCGGCAUGUCACAGACAGGGACCUCGUGCCCGCUAUAUCGGAAUUCUUGAGAGAUCGCAAACAUCUUCAUUCCUUCCACCUCAUCGUGCCUAGCGCGGACCAUCGUCGCAUUGGUUUUGACGCGUCUGCUUGGGGUGUACUACCUUCCCUAAUAAACCUCCGCAGUCUUUGUAUCACUUAUCCUAGAGAUCUUUCUCCUUCGCUAGCAGGGUGGCUUAUUCCGCGGAGUGUUCGUGCGCUCACGAUGGAGAUUAUGAUACCACCCGCAGAGGACUUUCUUCUUUUCGUAAACCAAUUACGUCCCGGAGUCCCUCCUCUUCUCACGUUUGUUGGUAUGACAAACUUUCCGAUACGUUCCGUUAUCAAUGUGAUCGACCACGUCUUUUCCAAUGUACGGCUGGUGCGCAUCGACGAGAGUGUCUGGAGUGUCAUCCGCUUAGAUGAUGGGUCGAUAGAGAUCGAGCAGUGGCCAUAUCGAAGGAUCAAGUACCACACGGCAGUGUGGUUGGAGUCCCUCAGGGCGCGAAAUCUGAGGAAUAGCUUAGAGUAA